CAACACUACAACAGGAACCAUGGAAAACUACAAAUAAAUAAAUAUUUUUGGGGGUUUAUCAAUAUUUUUUAGAAAAGUUAUCACAUAAAUUGGUAAAUAAUUGAUAAGAGAAGGCUGAAGAAACAGAAGCAGCAAUAAAAUGGCUCAGGACCCUCUCGGAUAUAACACGAAAAGGAAUUCAAUAAAGAGUAAUCAAUCUGAUGAUGAAGACAUGGAUUCCAGACAUUCCUCUUUGAGCUAUAAGGAAAGAAGACGAGAAGCUCAUACACAAGCCGAGCAGAAGCGCCGAGACGCGAUUAAAAAGGGUUACGAUACUCUGCAAGAAUUAGUACCUACUUGUCAGCAAACUGAUGUAUCAGGAUACAAAUUAAGUAAAGCCACAGUUCUGCAAAGAUCCAUAGAUUACAUACAACACCUGCAACAGCAAAAAAAGAAGCAGGAAGAAGAAAGAAAUGCGUUGCGUAAAGAAGUUAUCGCACUCCGAAUUAUGCAGACCAAUUACGAGCAGAUUGUGAGGGCGCAACAGUCGCAGCCCGGUCACACAGAAACACCGGUGUCAGAUGAAGUUAAAUUUUCGGUGUUCCAAGUCAUCAUGGACCAACUUUUUAUCACAUUUAGCACUGUGUCGGUGAGUAAUUUUUCCGAGUUGUCUGCAGGAGUUUUCACCUGGUUGGAGGAGUAUUGUAAACCUCAAACAUUAAAAGAUACAGUCUAUCAGGUCUUGAGGAGGCAUAAUAAUCAAAUGCGUGGAUGAUUAUCACUAUUUUGUUUGACUUAGGCAAAGUUGCAUUUUUGGUGGUAUAAGUUUUUAUCAAAUAGUUUUCUUUAAAUUUAUAUAAAAUACUUGAAAAAGGGUUUGAUAGUUAUAUACUUACCAAAUUUAUCGAAUGACAUGAUGGCAAUGAUUUAUAGAUACCAUCUUUGUUUUUGUUAUUUAUACCUAUGAGAAAUUUGUAAAUAAUGGUAAAUGAGUUUUUGUUAUGUUGAAAAUAUUUAUAUUUUUUAGCCCUUUUGUUGAAGAUACCAUACCAUAAGUUUUUAAGAAUGUAUAGUUUAAGCAUGUUUAGGGGAUUUCUCUUGCUAAAAUAUGAUUUAUAUUGCUUAAUUACUAAAAAUUAAAUAGGAAGAGUAAAGGUACCUACUUAAAAGUCUGAGCGAUUAGGUAGAUUGCUUUAUAUUUUUUGUUUUGCAAGUGCAGUUUUUCAUAAAUUGUAUAUUACUGACUCUGCUGUGAUUUGAACAAUUAAUUUUUAUUAAAACAACCACAUUACAAUUAGAACUAAUGAGAAAUUACUAUAUUGGAUAGAUGUUUAAAUUAUAAUUUUCCAUUUUCUACUUUAUUGAAUAGCAAAGAACAUAACAAUAUGUUGGGGUGCAAAUCUACUUGACCAUUUUCCGACACCUAUUGAUAAUAAUUUGCUUAAAGGGAUUUAGUUGUUUGUUGGUUCUCAUUGAAACUGGAAAUUAUUUAUCCCUUUACACAAAUUUCGGCAAUUUGAGAGGCAUUAUUAUAAGGAGCCAUAAUUAUAAGAAACAAUUUUAAAAUCUGGAAGCAAUUUUUUUAUAUUCUUUCAUUCAUAUCUGUGUACGUUACUUGGUUUGUUCCUAAUAAUAUGCUCAAAUGGAUACACCCUAAUAGCCAUAAUAUACAGGGUGAUUCAAAUUCGAGAUACGAGGUUGCUUAAAUAAAGGCAAGGUUGCGCAAUUUUAUGCUCAACAAAAUACCGUUUUGAAAAUUUAGAAAUUCCGAAUAGUUCCGGAAAUAUUGCGAAUAAUCCGAAAUUUUACGAAAGCGUUUUUAUUUUUUUCUGAGCUCAUUUGAAGAGAUAUCCCAAAAUAAAUGUCAAUUCGUCACUGCCACUUUUUCUUGUCUACACGAUGCUACCAUCAAAUUUAAAAUCUGACAUUUCGUCUUUACCUCCAUUUAAUCGACCUCGCAUCUCUUACCGUUUCCGAGAUUUCAAUGGAGAGCAUCGAAUUUGAAUCACCCUGUAUAUUUUAAAUACAAUUUAAGCUCUAUUUUUUGUUGAUGUUCUAUAAUUUUAAUAAAAAAAUUACCAAGAAUAUAUUAUUUAAUCAAAGAUGUCCACCUUCUGCAACUACUUUCUGCAAGCGCUGAUCUCCUUCCUUUUUGUC